AUGAUGACCGAAUAUGGCUUUGAUGGAAUCGAUAUCGACUGGGAGUACCCUGCAGCCGAUGACCGUGGUGGCGCCCCGAGAGACAUUGCAAAUCUUGUGACCUUCCUUUCUGAGCUCAAAAAAGCAGUGGGUACAAAGUUUGGCCUGACGAUUACUUUACCAUCUUCAUAUUGGUAUCUGAAGGGGUUUGAUCUUGUGGGUAUAGCCAAAUAUGUUGAAUCAUUCAACUUCAUGGCCUAUGACAUCCACGGAACUUGGGAUGGCACGAGUGAAUGGACGAGCUCCGUCGUCAACCCACAUACAAACUUGACAGAGAUUUCUGAUGGGCUUGACCUUUUGUGGCGCAAUGGCAUUGACCCCAGCAAGGUUCUGCUUGGUCUAGGCUUCUACGGUCGCUCCUUCACGUUGGACGAUUCUUCCUGCAACAAUCCAGGUUGUGAUUUCUACACAGAGAAUAAUAACACUGGAGGAGCGGCGCCUGGGUCAUGUACUGGGACCAGCGGCUUUUUAUCCGACUAUGAAAUUAGCCGUAUCAUCAAGAACUACUCACCUAACAUCCACUACGACCAGGCUUCUGGCGUCAAUUGGAUGACAUGGGCUGGAGACCAAUGGGUUUCAUUCGAUGAUGGUCGCACACUCAAACAAAAAGCCGACCUUGCCAACAGUAGGUGCCUGGGCGGAUUGUUCAGCUGGGCUCUUGAUCUUGGUGGCCCUGGCUCGCUCAAGAACCCAAAUGAGUUGACUGCGGACGAUACCGGCAUGGAUGGCGCCAAUGCUAAGGGGGGCAGUGAUGGAACUGGUCUUCUUUAUGUAGGCCAGGAGGUACUAGGCAACUCGCCCACUUUUACCGCCAUUGCUCCUGUCAGCGUCAUAUUCCCCAAGUCGGUUCUUAGUUCUCCUACAACAAUCAACCUGGGAGGUGGUUAUCCAACUUCCCUUGAGGUCGCUUGGAGCACCACUAAAACCGUCACUAUCGGUACUCUCACAACCGUUACUUCUACUAUCACUCGGCAUAUCAUGUCUACAACGAUCCCCCUCAAAGACAUAACUACGGCCACCAUUAACUACUACAAUUGGAAUAUUAGUGAUAUCGUCACCUCCAGCAUCGGAACUCUUAUACCAAGUAUCGAGAUUGCGCCAGUCGUGGUUACAGACGAUCCCAACCCGCUCAAAGAGACAGGUGUAACUCAUUUACCCCUCGUGACUCGCACCGUUAGUAUUCCUCCCUGGCCCUGGACUACCGAUGGUACCAAGUUUCCUACAGUCACUUUCAAAGAAGGAAGUCCCCCAGGGCCUACCUGUACGGCUAACUGCGGUCAUAAAUGUUAUGGCUUCUGUGAUGGACCCUGCCUACAUGAUUGUGGCAAAGGGAGCUCCUCCAGCUUUAUUGACCCCCUUGAUAAGAAUCCUCCUUCGUUCAGCAAGUGUUCCGGUCCUGGGUGCAUAAAUGGCAAGUGUACCGGGAACAGCCUAUGCAUUGAAAGGGGUUGUACUGGCGCAGAUUGCAAAAAUCGGAUCUGUGUAGGUGAUGAUUGCAUCCCCACGGCCUGCACGGGCAAGGACUGUGAUGACGGUCAUUGUUCUGGCAAGGAUUGUCAAGAUCACGGCUGUAUCGGCAAAGACUGCAAUGGUAAGAAUGACGAUAAUGACGACGAUGACAGCGGCGGCGGCGGGAUCUCCGGCCUGUGCCUCGGACGCUCGUGUCUUUCAUGGGGAUGUCUAGGCCCGGCCUGCUCUAAAACCGACUUCACCUGUACUGGUUCGCGAUGCCGAAUUGUAACCUGCUCUGGUCGUGGCUGUUCCAACGGUAUCUGUACUGGCAAAGGGUGUCAAUCCGAAGAUUCAGAUUGCGAGGACAAAGAGGCAAAUGCUUGUACCGCCUAUAUAUCCAGCACCCUAAUAACGCCAGCUUCGACUUAUUCAACGACUACUGUGACCUCUCGGUGCCAAACUAUCACCGCCUGCGCUGCUACUCCGACCGCAACAACCCGUACCGUCGACAAGGAUGGGUUGGUCGAAGGCACUAUUUCCAAUAUUGGCGUCAGUGUCGCCAGCUCACCAUCGCUUGCGAGUCAAGUACGUGAUGAGCUGAGCAGUUUUCUUGCAUCAGCAUUUACUACUACAGUGACUACUACCAGCAAGCCCACGACCACGAAGGAAACAACUUCAGCUCCGCCUGUUCCCACCGAAACUGGGUACGACUGUGAUGGAUCUGACCGGUGCAAAACGUUUGCCAACCUACACAAAUUUUGUGACAUGGCCAAAAGCUUCCUAACAGACAAUACUGUAUACGGAACUACGGGUGGAAUCGAUAGCGGGACUUGCUAUACUGACGGCAAAAAUCUUGGCUUUGGGUGUGGCGUUUUUGUCAAGGGUAAAAACUGCGAGAUGACUGGGAAGCAGAUGGCAGCUGCCUACGACCAUAUCUUCCAGGAGACGGGUGGAGGCUGCAAGAUUUGCGGCCGUGCAUUCUUUGAGGAAGGUUGUAGGAUUCAUGUUGACUAUGUGACCACUUGCAAGACGACAAACAGUCUCCUAGAGGUAUACACUGGAAACGGGUCCGACGUUAGCAGCGCUUCCGAAGUUGUCUCGUCAAGACUUUUACAGCUAUAG